AUGGGAUCCAAGAGGUUUGUGAGAUAUCUUUCGGACUCUAUUGCAAGCCUAGGCUCAAUGGUCAUGAGUAUGUCCCCCAACUCCCGUGCCCCAGUUGAAGAAUCUUCUGUUCCCCUCAGUUCAAUAAACAUGAGUGAGAAGACACAAGACUGUGAAAGUAUAGCCAACCAUUCGGACGAAGAAACUGUUAUAGUGAAGAAAUCGGAUCAUGAAAAAUCACUUUUUGAACUAACAUCUAGCAGAGUGGUAAUCGAGGAUCUCAAAAGGAGGGAGGAGGAGUAUAGCCGAAUGCUGAAGAACUAUGAUGCAACACUUACAUAUGUGUUGGAAAGAAAUGAAAAGGAAAAGGCUCUUUUAGAAGGUGUUGUCAUGAAUGAGGAGAUAGAAAGAUUGAAAUCUAAUGAGUAUAGGCUCAAGAGUUACAUUCAGGCGCUAAAAAGAGAUUUGUUUGCAAGCGAGGACAAGAUAGAAUCUCUUCAAAGGGCAAAUAAUGAAAGAAUGGAAUUUCUUGCCAAGCAAGUUGAAGAAAUUAGAGGAAUGUAUGAGGAAGAAAAAGGAAAGGUUUCUUGCUUGAGUAAAAAGUUGAGUGAACUAGAGAAUGCUUUUGGAGCGAGAUGCAAUGAAAUGGUUGAGCUAGUUGAGUAUUGUAAAUAUUUACUACGAUGA